AUAAAACUGCAUUAACCUUUCUUAACCAAAGCCAAACUGAUGGGGCAGAGCGGCGGCACAAAAAGUAAAAGAAGGGGAGCAAUACCUGCUAUUCGCAUCCACUGCAGCAUAGGAUACCCAGCGUCAUGUGUCCGAACACCUGAGGUUGGGAUCAGUUACGCCCCUGAGUAGACAUCACCCUGUGACCGAGAGAUCGCCGACGUCGGGGAGCAGUGUGCAGUAGGGAGCAUAUGUGGUCAUCUUGGGCCAGGUGGACGGGACGUUGUGAAUUGUUCUGGACUGACAGUGAUGGAUUCUGUAAACUGCUUUUACAGAAUGCUAGAAACAGAAGGUUUAUCCGCAGCAACUCAAAAUCCAGAGAACCGUUUGCCUUCUCUCAAUGCUUAUGCUGGACCAAAGUAAAUUUUUAAAGUUUCUUUACAGAGCAUCAGAAGAGGUAUUGCCGUCAGCAAGUUCCAAACAAACAAAUCAAUAUCUAAUAGAAUCAUUCAAUUCGUCAGGAACUGGAUAGAUCGGACUUGGACCGGAAGAAUUUGUAAUCCCAGUUCUCCAACUAAGUGUCACAUCAGGAUCUGAUGGAAAUGGUCAACUCAUCGGGAUGUGACCAUCAUUCACAUUUCAAAAUGGAUAAAAAAAACACCAUUCCGAGUGGAGAGAAGCCAUGGAAAUGCGGAGACUGUGGGAAGGGAUUCAAUUACCCGUCACAGCUGGAAACUCACUGGCGCAGUCACACUGGUGAGCGCCCAUUUAGCUGCUCUGUAUGUGGCAAGGGAUUUACUCAGUUAUCCAAUGUACUGACUCAUCAGCAUGUUCACACUGAGGAGAGAAGGUUUAAAUGCUCUGACUGUGAAAAGAGCUUUAAAAAUCAAUAUGCACUGACUGAACACCAGCGAGUUCACAACAGGCAUGCACCGUUCAGCUGCUUCCAGUGUGGGAAGAGCUUCAGGACUUCAUCCCAACUACUGAGACACCAACAAGCUCACACUGAUGAGAGACCUUUUAAGUGUCCAGACUGUGGGAAAUGCUGCAAAAGCUCCAAGGAUCUGAUGUCCCAUCAACUAGUUCAUACUGAGGACAAACCAUUCAAGUGCUCUCACUGUGGGAAUGGAUUCAGACGAUCAUCUGACCUCACCGUACACCAGCGAGUUCAUACUGGGGAGAGGCCGUUCACUUGCUCCCAGUGUGGGAAAAGAUUUACUCAGUCAUCCCAUCUGCUGACACACCAGCGAGUUCACUCUUCUGAGAGGCCAUUCACCUGCUCUGAUUGUGGGAAGAGAUUCACUCAAUUAUCCACUUUGCAGAAUCACCAGAGAAUCCACUCUGAAAAGAGGCCGUUCACCUGCUCUGAUUGUGGGAAGGGAUUCACUCGGUCAUCCACCUUGCUGAGACACCAGAGGGUUCACACUGAUGAGAGACCUUUUAAAUGCUUGGACUGUAAGAAGUGCUUCAAAAGUUCUGGGGAGCUCAUGUACCAUCAACGUGUUCACACCGAUGAAAAACCAUUUAGAUGCUCUCACUGUGGGUCAGGGUUCAGGCGAUCAUGGCAACUCAGUGAACACCAAAUGAUUCACACUGGGAAGAGACCAUUCUCCUGCUAUGUGUGUGGGAAGGGAUUCACUCAUUCAUCCAACCUGCUGAGACACAGGCGAGGUCACAAGUAACAGCAGGGUUUGGUUUCUGCUGUUAUUGCUGCUGUUAAUCACAAGCAGGACUGAAUCACUUUCAUUCAGAGAAGCAGUGGGUGGGUGUUGAGCCCGAUUUCAGUUACCCCAGUUAGUUAGUAGUGCCCAGCAGCAUCUCUCAUUCAUAUGUGAACAGACCAUCACGUAUGCACAUCCCACUUUUAAAUUGAAAUUUGCUCAGGAUCAACAUUGAACUGAAGGGCAACAAUAAACUGAUCAGAGUACCGUAAGUCCAGGAUGAGACUGGGUAAGCUCUGGAUGUUGGGAAUCUCCCCUGAUCUGUUUGAUAGACAUGCUCGUUAAACCUGUCAGAUAUUGAAGGAAUUAUUCUUAUGAAUAACUUCACCAACUGAUCACCUCAGACUCCUCCCUGCUGUAAUGAAUACUCAUCCAUUGGAGCUGAUUUACACUGACUGACCUGUGCCAUCUUUGUUCCUUUUGUGAAGUCACUGUCCCAUUAGAGCUGAACUGCUGGAUAACUCUGACAGUCGUAUAUUUCUAUAUAGACGCUGUCAGUACAAAUUUAACUGUAAGUUGUAAAUUGUGUCAAAGGAAUGAUAUAAUGUGUAGUUCUGGUCCACACAUAAUAGGAAAGGCUUUGGAGAGGGUGCAAAAUAGGAUGUUGCCUGGACUGGAAUAUAUUAACUGUAAGGAGAGGUUGGACAAGUUGGAUGUAUUGAAUGCUGAGGGGCGAUAUGAUAGAAGUAUAUCAAAUUAUGAGAGGCAUGGGAUAGUCUGAAUCUUUUUCCCUGGGAGGAAAUGCCAAAUACCAAAGGGCAUGGGUUUGAGAUGAGAAGUGAAAAGUUCAAAGGAAAUGUGUGAGGCAGGUUUUUUUGCACAGAAGAGGUAAGUGCCUGGAAUCUGAUUAUGGGGAGGUGGUAGAAGAAGAAAUAAAAGCCAUAUUUAAGAGGUACUUAGACAGAAAUAUGAUCAGUCAGGAAUAUAUGGACCUUGUAUGGGCAGCUGGGAUUAUUUUAGAAUGGCAUCAUGCUUGGCCUUUUCCUGUGCUAUUCUUUUCUUCAGCAGAGAGCAGCGGGAGCUGGGCGGAAGUGAGGUCGGAGCAGAGAGGCGGUUGGGAAGGUAAGUGACCGUUAUUUAAACACUUAGCUGCACAAGUGAUGUGCUGUAGCUGUAUGAUGUGGGAGCUGGCUGAUCCCAUUGUGAACGGCAGCGACCACAUCUGCAACAAGUGUUGGUUGCUGGAAGAACUCCGGAUCAGAGUAAAUGAUCUAGAAUCUGAGCUUCAAACUCUGCGGCACAUCCAGGAGGGGGAGAGUUACCACUUUGUUUCAGAGGGCAGUCACACCCGAUAGAUUAAAUAACACAAAUUCAGAAAGUGUUCAGGGACAAGGUGUGACUGUAAGUGAGGCAGGUAGGGGGAUUCAGAACUCAGGAGUGCAGGAGCCUCAGCCCUUGACCUUGACCAACAGGUAUGAGAUUCUUGCUCCCUGUACGGAUGAGGAAAAGGACGAUGAGCCAGCUGACCACAGCACCGUGGUGCAGAAGGCCAUUCAAGAGGGGGGAGCAAAAAGACAGGUAGUUAUUAUAGGGGAUUCUAUUAUUAGGGGAACAGAUAGUAUCCUAUGCAAGCCGGAUUGGGAGUCCCGCAUGGUGUGUUGUCUGCCCGGUGCCAGGGUGCGGGACAUCGCCGACUAGGUUGAAAGGAUAUUGGAGCAGGAGGGGGAGGAUCCAGUUGUUGUGGUCCACGUUGGGACGAACAACAUAGGCAAAGCUAGGGUAGAGGACCUGUUUAGGGAUUGUGAAGCACUAGGAAGGAAAUUGAACUACAGGUCCUCAAGGGUCAUAAUCUCCGGAUUACCACCCGAGCCACGUGCGAAUUGGCAGAGGGAAAAGAAAGUUAGGGAAGUUAACAUGUGGCUAAGGGAUUGGUGUGGGAAAGAGGGAUUCCAUUUCAUGGGGCAUUGGCAUCAGUUUUGGGACCGGUGGGAUCUGUACCAUUGGGACGGUCUCCACUUGAACUGAUCUGGAACCAGUGUUCUAGCGAAAAGGAUAAAUAGGGCGGUCAGUAGGACUUUAAACUCGUGAGUCAGGGGGAAGGGAAAGUGAAAGAGACAGGGAGUAUGGAGUUAAAUGGAAAGAUAAGCAACAGGACAGCAUGUGUACAGGUGGAUUUAAGUUCGAGGCAGACUAGGAAUACAGCAAAAAGGAACGAUAGCUUAAGACAUCUUGGGAUUUCCAACCUCUCUAAUAAUGAUAAGAAAGUUAGCAUCAAGGCACUUUAUCUAAAUGCUCGUAGUAAUCACAACAAAGUAGAUGAAUUAACAGCACCAAUCCUCUUGAAUGAUUAUGAUGUGGUAGGCAUCACAGAGACAUGGUUGCAGUGAGUUCAGGACUGGCAGUUGAAUAUCCAAGGAUUCACAACAGGGAGGUGGGCAGAUAGGGUGGGGUUGCCUUGUUAGUUAAGAAUGAAGUUAAAUCUACGGCACUGAAUGACGUAGGGUCAGAAGAUGUGGAGUCUGUGUGGGUGGAAUUGAGGAACCACAAAGACAAAAAAACUAUAAUGGGAGUUAUGUACAGACCUCCUAACAGUGAUCAGGGCCAGGGGUGCAAGAUACACCAUGAAAUAAAUAGGGCAUGUCAGAAAGGCAAGGUCACGGUGAUCAUGGGGGACUUCAAUAUGCAGGUGGAUUGGGUGAAUAAUGUUGCUGGUGGAUCCAAAGAAAAGGAAUUCAUGGAAUGUUUGAGUUUGGCUUUUUGGAACAGCUUGUGAUGGAGCCCACAAGGGACCAGGCUAUUCUGGACUUAGUGCUAUGUAAUGAGCCAGACUUUAUAAAAGACCUUUAAAGUAAGGGAACACUUAGGAGGCAGCGAUCAUAAUAUGGUAGAGUUCAGUCUGCAGUUUGAAAGAGAGAAGGCAAAAUCGGAUGUAAUGGUGUUACAGUUAAAUAAAUACAGGGGCAUGAGAGAGGAAUUGACGAAAAUCGACUGGAAGCAGAGCCUAGUGGGGAAGACUGUAGACCAACAAUGGCAGGAGUUUCUGGGUGUAAUUGAGGACACAGUACAGAGGUUCAUCCCAAAGAAAAGAAAGACUAUCCGGGGUGGAAUUUGACAGCCAUGGCUGACAAAGGAAGUCAGGAAAUACAUCAAAGACAACGAGACAGCCUAUAAAGUGGCCAAGAGCACUGGGAAAUCAGAAGAUUGGGAAGGCAACAAAAACAGAGGAUAACAAAGCGAGCAAUAAGAAAGGAGAGGAUCAAAUAUGAAGGAAGGCUACCUAGUAAUAUUAGAAAUGAUAGUAAAAGCUUCUUUCAAUACAUAAGAAACAAACAAGAGGCAAAAGUAGAUAUUGGGCCGCUCCAAAUUGAUGCUGGAAGGCUCGUGAUGGGAGGUAAGGAAAUAGCUGAAGAACUUAAUAAGUACUUUGCGUCAGUCUUCACAGUGGAAGACAUGAGUAGUAUGCCAACAAUUAGGGAGAGCCAGGAGGCAGAGUUGAGUAUGAUAGGCAUUACAAAAGAGCAAGUGCUAGAAAAGCUAAAAGGUCUAAAAAUUGAUAAAUCCCCUGGCCCCUAAGGGUUACAUCCUAGAGUUCUGAGGGAGGUGGCUGAGGAAAUAGCAGAGGCUUUGGUCAUGAUCUUUCAAAAGUCACUGGAGUCAGGGAAAGAUCCAAAUGAUUGGAAGAUUGCUGUUGUAACCCCCCCCACCCCCCGUUUAAGAAAGGAUCAAGGCAAAAGAUGGAAAAUUAUAGGCUGAUUAGCCUAACCUCGGUUGUUGGUAAAACUCUAGAAUCCAUUGUCAAGGAUGAGAUUUCUAAAUUCCUGGAAGUGCAGGGUCAGAUUAGAACAAGUCAGCUUGGAUUUUGUAAGGGGAGGUCGUGCCUGACAAACCUGUUAGAAUUCUUUGAAGAGGUAACAAGUAUGUUAGACCAGGGAAACCCAGUAGAUGUUAUCUAUCUAGACUUCCAAAAGGCCUUUGAUACGGUGCCUCACGGGAGGCUGUUGAGCAAGGUGAGAGCCCAUGGUGUUCGAGGUGAGCUACUGGCUUGGAUUGAGGAUUGGCUGUCUGACAGAAGGCGGAGAGUUGGGAUAAAAGGCUCUUUUUUGGAAUGGCAACCUGUGACGAGUGGUGUCCUGCAGGGUUCGAUGUUGGGGCCACAGCUGUUCACCUUAUACAUUAAUGACUUGGAUGAAGGAAUUGGGGCAUUCUGGCGAAGUUUGCCGAUGAUAGAAAGAUAGGUGGAUAGGCAGGUAGUACUGAAGAGGUGGGGAAGCUGCAGAAAGAUUUAGACAGUUUCGGAGAGUGGAACAAGAAAUGGCUGAUGAAAUUCAAUGUGAAUAAAUGUGAGGUUUUGCACUUUGGUAAAAAGAAUACAGGCAUGGACUAUUUUCUAAAUGGUGAGAAAAUUUUCAAAGCAGAAGUACAAAGGGAUCUGGGAGUGUUGGUCCAGGAUUCUCCUAAAGGUUAACUUGCAGGUAGAGUCCAUAAUUAAGAAAGCGAAUGUAAUGUUGUCGUUUAUCUCAAGACGGUUGGAAUAUAAAAGUAGCAAUGUGCUUCUGAGGCUUGAUAAAGCUCUAGUUAGGCCCCAUUUAGAAUAUUGUGUCCAAUUUUGGGCCCCACACCUCAGGAAGGACAUACUAGCGUGUCCAGCGGAAAUUCACACGGAUCAUCCCUGGAAUGGUAGGUUUAACAUAUGGUGAACGGCUAAGGAUCCUGGGAUUGUGCUCAUUAGAGUUUAGAAGGUUGAGGGGACGUCUAAUAGAAACUUACAAGGUAACGUAUGGUUUAGAAGGGCUGGACGCUGGGAAGUUAUUUCCGUUAGGCGGGGAGACUAGGACCCAUGGGCACAGCCUUAAAAUUAGAGGGGGUAAAUUUAAAACUGAAAUGAGAUGACAUUUCUUCAGCCAGAGAGUGGUGGGCUUGUGGAAUUCAUUGCCAUGAAGUGCAGUGGAGGCCAGGACGUUAGAUGCCUUCAAGGCAGAGAUCGACAAAUUCUUCAUCUCAGAUGGAAUCAAGGGCUCCAGGCAGAGUGCAGGGAAGUGGAGUUGAAAUGCCCAUCAGCCAUGAUUUCAAUGGUGGAGUGGACCUGAUGGGCCGAAUGGCCUUGCUUCCACUCCUAUGUCUUCCGGUCUAUGGUCAAUAUAGUCUCAGAUCUUGGUGAUUUUUCAUGGAAGAUUGAAUUCCCACAUAGAGCAACUUCAGCAAACCAGACUGAGGUUUAAUCAGUAGCAAACAUAGGAGCAGGAGUCAUCUAUUCAGACAUUCCAGCCUGUUCCUCCUGAACUUUCUCCUAUUUUCCUGAACUAUCCCCAUUUCCCUUCACUCUAUACGUUACAUUAAAGCAAACUGAAAAUGUCUGAGUUAAAAGUAUUCAGUGACUGAGAAUCCACAGCUCCUUGGAGUAGAGAUUUAGAGCACUUCGAAAAUUGCAUUUCACCUCUAAAAUGGUUAUCUCCUUAUCAUUUCAGUGGACCGAAUAAUGCCAGGGGGCAUUUGAGAAUUUAAAAGCAGGUGUUAAGCAUUGCAACAGUUUUAGCCAUGCCAAAUUUCUUGCCAAAGUCACCAUCAACGCAAGCGAUGUAGGUGUUGGAACUGUGUUGUUACAGGAUGAUGAUUGUGGAAUUGAAAGGCCAGUUGGUUAGUUAUCAAAAAAAAAAUAACCACCAGAAAAAGAAUUCAACCAUUGAAAAAGAAUUAUUGAGUUUGGUCAUGGCCUUAGAACAUCUCAAUAUUUACGUUGCAACCAAUGCAUCAGAGACGAUUGUGUACACCAAUCACCAUCCUUUGACUUUUCUGGAAAGUUUUAAGGACAAGAACAUCAGAGUAUUUCGCUGGAAAUAACAUUACAAGCAUUUAAUUUACAGAUUGUACAUGUUGCGGAUAAUGAAGGCAUUAUUGCAAAUGCUUUUAUCGCAGAUUUAAAAGAAAAAUGUUCAUCUAAGAUAGAAACAGUAGCGUUGAGUAAUAUAAAUAGAAUUUGUAUAAAAUGCGUAACUUCAGGUUAAUGAGCUAUGGAUCUAGUAAUAAUAGAGUUAAGGUUUUAAGAGAUUAUUCUCACAGCUGUCUGUGAUCUCCCAAUACGUUUGCCUCCCAAUUUCCCACUAAG